AUGGGAAAACGGUUCUGGUUGAGCUGCUUCCUCUAUAUCGAGAGUACCGUGUCGAGAGUACCGCGUAAUCAAACGGCAACGUCCAGGAUGAAGUCGUCGUACAAGCGACUCUUGCCUGGUUCCUCCAAGGGCGGGGGGCCUCAAGACGGAGGAGCCAACCCUGUCGAUGGUUCGCAGUCUCCGGCGACUUGCUCCGUAAAUCUCAUAGCCUGUGAUUCGUGCCGGCGGAAAAAGGCAAAACCGAGUUUUCCAUUGCGACUCACCACCCUCUUAGCAAUAACCCCAGAGUGCGAUGGACAGCGACCCGUGUGCGAUCGAUGUUCUCGAGGUGGAUCGCAGUGCAGAUACGAUGCUGACGUGGGCGAAUCGCGCUCUGCCGCCAUGAAGAAAAAGUACAGCGCCCUGAACAAGAACUUCCGCCGCCUGUACUGGGAAGAGCACCAGCUGAGGAGGUUCUACGGAUACAUCCGUGCCGCCCCGGAAGACGAGGCCUACAACAUAUUUUUACAGAUCCGCGCCAGCGGCAGCAGCAACCCGAUUGACGUGCUCGGCUCUCUCCGUCACGAAACCUCCGACGGCGAGAUGGAACGAAAGGACUCCCUGACCUCAAACGAGGAUUCCGACGGCGCGAGCUACGAGCCCUUUGCCACCAGCCCCCAUACUCUCGAGGUCCCCGCAGCGCCCUGGACCACGGUUGCUGGGGCCAAGAUUGUCUGCGAGCUGAUUUCGCAGUACUUCACCUACGACUACUUAUACGUGUUCCCCCCCAUCAACCGCGAGGUUUUUAUUCGCGACAUGAACUCCGGGAGUCCUGUUGCGGCGACGAGCUGCUCGCCCGCGCUUGUCAACGCCAUAUGUGCUCAACAAUGCUUUCUCUCGCCUCGUGAUCAUAUCGAUGGUGUCCCGCGCACAGAAAUGGCCAAGCGGUUCUUGGAUGAAGCCAACCGACUCAUUCCCCACGACUGGAAAAGCGUCUCUUUACCGACAUGCCAAGCCGCCUGUCUCAUCUAUGCUGCCCAUGCUGCCAAAGACCAAUUCCACAUCUAG